AUGUACGGAGACAAUUCCGCGCUGCAGGCCGGAGGCGAUUCGCCUGGAAACGCCAAUGCGGGUGCGAGUAAGAGGAAGUCGAUUGAGGAUGGGGCUGCAAUCGCGAAGCAGACGCGGAGCAAGAGGAAUCGGUACAUCUCUAUUGCAUGUAAUGAGUGUAAAAGGCGCAAGAUCAAAUGCAACGGCGAAACGCCAUGUCAACGAUGCGGCAACCUCAACCUUGCCUGUCUCUAUGCUCCCAAUUGCUGUACCAACAACUUUAAAGACUCCGACGAAUUCAAGAUGAUCGCAGCGCAGCUAAGUCGCCUCCAGGAGGAGGUCAAUUGGCUCAAUCAGUCCAUGAGAAACAUGCAGAGCGAGCCGCGACUCGCGCCACCAACUUCGGACCGCAUCAUGCCUACUGGCGGCUCAGUUAUUGCGCCGUCUCCAUCACAAAGCUCAACAUCUGGUCAUCGGCCAGACUAUCUUGGGAAGCAAAUGCCAUUUCAAGGUCCGACCAGCACGGCAUUCACCUUGGAUGUUGCCAGGGAGACGAUCAGUAACAUGGGGUGGAAGGCUACCGAGGAAGGAGACGACAUUGAGCCGCUACCGAGCAGCAAUAUGGUCACUACAAUAUCGACCCAGAUGGCUGACCCGCUCUUGGAAUUUGAUAAAGACGAGAUGGUGCGCCUCUGUAGAGUGCACGAAGACGAAAUCGGCAUCAUGUAUCCCGUCAUCAAUAUCCAAACCGUCAUUGCCCAUGCCAAAAACGUCUCGCUAUAUCUAAGGAAUCCACGACCAAUGGAGCUCUUGAAUGAUCUUGAAACCUUGCAGUUGAAAAUCAUCAUAUGCUGUGCUCUUGUCGUAGAAGGACAUGGCCAUUCCGAAAAGGCAUCACGCUUGUAUGAGAGCAUGGAGAAUAUCAUUAAUCGAAAGCUCAUGUCAGACGGCCUUGAUGUCUGUGACCUUCCCCUCUUAGCACUUGUAGCUGGCUACCGAUUCUUGUCUAAUGAGGAGGUGCUCGCAUGGCGUGUCAUGGGCCAGGUGGUGCGGCUCUGUGUCGAGCUUGGUAUUCACCAGAAGAGGGGUUUGAUGACGAUACAGAAUGAGGCCGAGAGAAAGAAUGCGCUUAAUAGUUUUUGGUCGGCUUACGUUCUCGACCGCCGCUGGGCGUUUGGCACGGGUCUACCGUACGCUAUUCAAGAUGACGAGAUUGACCCAACCCUGCCCAUGCCAGAGGAAUAUCCUUACCUUGUGGCCAUGAUUACAUAUUCUCGAAUAGGCGCCAAAGUGUGGCGUCAAGUAAACCACUUUGGACCCGUCCUUGCGCACGAACUGGGCCAGGAGGAAAUCGAAAGACUCGACCAAGAGAUUCUACGGUGGUAUGAGACUGUACCAGAAGAGAUUAGAGUGCGAAGCUGGGACAAGGAAACCCAGAUAACAUCAACACCAUCAUAUAACCUCCAACGGCUAAGGAUAUGGACAUAUCUACGGUUCAAUCAGAUACGCACAUGGCUAUAUACCCCUGUUCUGCACAGCGCAACCAGUAUCAUGGCGCAUCCGUUGGAAGCUCAGCGCGUUGUCGACUUGGCCAAAGACACAAUUCAGUACCUCCACCACCUUAACAGCACCACUAAUUUAUAUCGAAGGGCGCAAGUCUUUUAUCACCAAUUCCUUUCGGCAGCAAUAGCGGUUGUCUUUCUCGCAUCGGUACAUGCACCUGUGCGUUUCAGCGCCGUCUGUCGAGAAGAGUUCUACAUGGCCCUUGAUCUGGUCAAAGAUCUGUCCGUCAAGAGCUGGGUCUCUCAGCGACUAUGGCGAACUAUUAAAUCACUCAAAGACGUGGCUCCCCGAUUUGGCCUGAAUCCAGACGAGGAUCCCCAUUCGAGCGCCGCGCUGGGCAUGAUUGGCCUUGCAAGAGGCCACAUGGACACCAUGCAAACCAGCCAGCCCAUGUUUCAACAUCCACCAAUGCCGCCCAGGCAGAGUGCGGACAAUAUGAUGCCGAAUAAUAAUGGCCAAAAGAUUCAGAGCGAGAUGUCUAGGAUAUUCGAGGGUUAUGUGGGCCUCAACGGUGUUCAGUUUGGAAGCAAUGGAGAAGACCAGCAUGUGCCGCCUCCUCAUGCUUUGACUUCUCCAGAUUCACAAAACACCGUUUUCACAUCUGCCGAUGGGACGGUAUUCCCUCACUUGCGCGAGAUGUUUUGAAGAAAAUACUGAUUAUUCGCAAGUGUAUAUGUAGAAGUCAUGGACGAUAGAUUUCUCCGAAUUUUUCUUGAGUUUAACAAAUAGCUGGAUUUUAAAAUAGAGUAGCCAUUUGCUUUUC